AGUACAUAACUAACUCCUUAAAGAAGGGGAGGGUUGUUGGGUCACGCUUGCUCAUAGCAGCAGUCUGCAGAGAAAACAGAUCACUCCAUUUCCAUUUCCAUGGCGUCCUUGCCUCCUAAAGGUAUUCUCAAGACCGAUUCUCUUUUGAAGUACGUGUACGAGACAAGUGUUUACCCAAGGGAGCACGCCCAACUGAAACAACUAAGAGAAGCCACUGUAGAAAAAUACCCUGAAAGAAGCUUAAUGGGUGUACCAGUUGAUGAAGGGCAGUUCUUGCAAUUGCUACUGAAUGUGGCCAAUGCUAAAAAGACUUUAGAGAUUGGUGUAUUUACAGGCUAUUCUCUCUUGGCCACUGCACUUGCCUUGCCUCCUGAUGGCCAGAUCACAGCAAUAGAUAUAAAUAGAGAAGCUUAUGAAGUGGGAUUACCAUUCAUAAAAGAAGCAGGAGUAGAACAUAAGAUCGACUUCAUAGAGGCAGAUGCCCUUACAACCUUAACCCACUUGUUAAACCACGAUAAUAAACCCGAAUUUGAUUUUGUAUUUGUCGAUGCUGACAAGGUAAGUUACACAAAAUAUCAUGAGAAAUUAAUAGAAUUGGUUAAGAUUGGAGGUUUAAUUGCCUACGAUAAUACAUUAUGGUUCGGAUUCGUGGCCGAAGAGGAAGAGAAAGUACCGGAUGUAGCAAAGAUGUCAAGAAAGAGCAUUUUAGAUUUCAAUAAACAAUUGGCUUGUGAUGAUCGUUUUCAAAUUUCACAAGUUUCAAUUGGUGAUGGUCUUACAUUGUGUCGAAGGUUGUAUUAACUGGAAAAUGUCUUUAAACAUAAUCAAAUCUAAUGUGACCGUUAAUUAUGUUUUAUGUUCUAAA